AUGUCAUGCUCAUCGCCAAAAAAUCUCAAAUCAACCUUUGGUUGGGCAAGAUUUAAAGCCGUUGCCCUUUGUUAUAAGAUAAAUCAUAAUAUUCAAGAUAGAAAUACAAAAGGUAAGUUAGUUUAUUCAUUAUUAUUAAACACAUCAUCAACAUCAACAUCAACAUCAACAUCAUCAACAACAACAAAUUAA